AUGUAUAGAAAAAUAUUAACGUUUAAGGAAGCUGAAGAGGGGAGCUACCUGGCGGAAUGGUCGAAUCUCAAGUGUCUAGUUGUAGACGAAACUGAUCGAAUGGUGGAAGAAGGAUAUUUUUCUGAGCUGACCGAUAUUCUGAACAAAAUUCACGAGGCAGCGGAUAAAGAGAAGCUUCAGACAUUGGUUUUUUCUGCCACGUUGACUUUUGCCAAGGCACAGGAUGUUGCAGAGGAGGAAAAGAAGAAGGCCAAAGAAUUGAGUGCUCAUCAAAAAAUUCAACGCCUUAUCAAGCUAACCGGACUUCGCGAGAACAAGCACAAAGUCAUUGAUUUGACUCGUCAAAUGGGUACCGCUGGAUGUCUUGUUGAAGCCAGAAUCAAUUGUGGAAAUCUCGUCGAAAAGGAUACUGCGCUGGUCUAUCUCCUCAACCGUUACCCAGGACGAACAAUGGUUUUUGUCAAUUCUGUCGAUGCCGCACGACGUCUUCAUCAUAUUUUGAAUGCUAUCAAUAUCGAUCCAAUGAUUCUUCACGCUAAAAUGAUUCAGAAGCAACGUCUUCGGAAUUUGGAAAAGUUUGCAGAAUCGAAAAAUGCAGUUCUGAUUGCUACAGAUGUUGCUGCACGUGGAUUGGAUAUUCAGGGAAUUGACCACGUCAUUCACUACCAAGUGCCCAAAAAAGUAGAGAUUUAUAUUCAUCGAAGUGGACGAACCGCAAGAGCUUCACAUCGUGGAUUGACUGUUGUUCUUGUUGAUCCUCAAAGUAGACAGUUCUAUAUGAAGUUAUGUAAAGGAUUGAAUAGAAUGCAAGACUUGGACAUCUUCCCAAUCGAUUUCGAGCCACUUAUGAUUGCUAUCAAGAAGCGAGUACGAUUGGCGUCUGAGAUUGAUUCUCUCGAGUUUCGGUGCAAAAAGAUCAAAAUGUCCGAAUCCUGGUUCGAAAAGGCUGCCCGUGAAGCUGAUCUCGAUUACGAUGAGACUCGCUCUCGUGAAAUGGGCGGUCUGAAUUUGGAAGUAGACGAAAUGAUAAGGAAAAGUCGUCAACUUCAAUCACAACUUCGUUCUGAACUCUCCGCUCCUCUUCCUCGUUCGGAUGGUUCUGAUUCAAUGAGAACAAAGUAUAUCACUGCUGAAAUCGUCUCAAGAUUGCGAGCGGUUGGCGACAACGCUAUUGAUGUGUUGAAUCAGAAAAUCGAAGACACCAAAGAGUGGAAGAGAAAAAACAGGAAGGCCACAAAGACGGAUGAAAUGAAUUCGAUGAAGAAGUCAUUGAAAAACUCCCAAAAGAACAAGGAUCGGCUGGCUGAAAAACAACGACAAGCAAAGAUGGUCAAGUUCUCCAUGGCGAACUCUCUUGACGAUAAUAAAUAG